UGUGUAGUUCACGUACUGUUUUACAUUAGUUCAUCCAUUCUGUGAAUUCCUUUCUCUAGGCUGAUGCUCCCAUGAUCAAUCGUUUUUUUCGUUUAAAUAGAGAGAUUCCAAGGAUGAUGACAAAUUCAUUAGUCCUCUUAGUGGGACUUGUGUGCCUUUGCUGCUGUGCAGAAGGGACAAAAGUAAAAAUAAAAGGACAGCACAUGAAAUACAAGAACCCUAAAGAGAAAAUCAAUGUUCGCGUAGAGGACCUUCUAGCCCGGAUGACACUAAAAGAAAAGCUUGGCCAGAUGGCGCAAGUAGACCGCGGAAAUAUCACAGCCAAGGUCAUGAAAGAGUACAAUAUAGGCAGUGUACUGAGUGGUGGAGAGAGUGUGCCGCGAACGCAGGCUACUGCGCGGGAUUGGAUAGACAUGAUUAACAAGUUUCAGAACUGGUCACUUGCAAGCCGGCUUGGAAUCCCUAUGAUUUAUGGCAUUGAUGCAGUUCAUGGCCACAAUAACGUUUACAAGGCCACAAUGUUCCCGCAUAAUGUUGGACUUGGAGCUACCAGGGAUCCAGAACUUGUGAAGAGAAUUGGUGCUGCAACUGCUCUUGAAGUUAGAGCUACUGGCAUUCAGUAUUCAUUUGCACCAUGUGUUUCAGUCUGCAGAGAUCCGAGAUGGGGUAGAUGUUAUGAGAGUUUUAGCGAGGAUCCGAAUAUCGUUAAACAAAUGACUGAUUUCGUAAUCGGAUUGCAAGGUGAAAUUCCAGCUGGUUCACCAAAGGGCGUUCCUUACGUCGGUGGAACGGAUAAGGUAGCGGGCUCUGCAAAACACUAUGUGGGUGACGGCGGCACUACCAAGGGCAUCAAUGAGAAUGACACUGUCAUUGAUUGGCAAGGAUUGUUGAACAUUCACAUGCCUGGUUAUCCCGAAGCCAUAGCCAAGGGUGUAGCCACUGUCAUGGUGUCCUACUCCAGCUGGAACGGAGUGAAGAUGCACGCUAACUAUGACCUCGUCACCAAAUAUCUCAAGGACACCCUUAAGUUUAAGGGCAUUGUCAUCUCUGACUGGCUGGGUGUUGACAAAAUAAGCAAUCCCCCCUUUACAAAUUAUUCUAACGCAGUCCUUCUUAGUAUUCAAGCUGGUCUAGACAUGAUCAUGCUUCCCUACAAUUUUAUAGACUUCGUCAAGUUUCUAACUGAACAUGUGAACAACAAACGUAUUCCCAUGAGUCGUAUCGAUGAUGCAGUUAGGAGAAUUCUGUCAGUCAAGUUCAUGAUGGGUCUGUUUGAAAAACCCAUGUCUAGUUAUGAAUAUAUUCCCCGGCUUGGAUGCCAGGAGCACAGAGAUUUGGGAAGGGAAGCUGUAAGGAAGUCACUUGUCCUUUUGAAGAAUGGCAAAACACCAACUGCACCAUUGCUGCCGCUCCCUAAAAUGGCCAACAGGAUUUUAGUUGCUGGAACUCAUGCCAACAAUUUGGGCUAUCAAUGUGGUGGUUGGAGUCUUACUUGGCAGGGAGUUAGUGGCAACAACCACACUGUUGGAACCACCAUCCUAGGUGCCAUAGCAAGUGCAGUGAACGAGACCACAGAAAUUGUCUUCAGUUUAAAUCCUGACCCAAAUUUUGUCAAGGCAAACAAGUUUGAUUACGCCGUAGUUGCUGUUGGUGAGCUUCCUUACGCUGAGACAAAAGGGGACAGCAUAAAUUUGACAAUUGCAGAACCAGGUCCAAGCAUUAUCACCAACGUAUGUGGCGCGGUCAAGUGUGUUGUUAUUGUAGUAUCCGGCCGUCCAGUUGUGAUUGAGCCCUACCUUUCGUCGAUGGAUGCUCUUGUGGCUGCAUGGUUGCCUGGAACUGAAGGCCAAGGAGUGGCUGAUGUUCUGUAUGGUGAUUAUGGAUUCACUGGAAAGCUUCCUAGGACUUGGUUCAGGAGAGUAGAUCAGCUCCCUAUGAAUUUUGGUGAAAAAAAUUAUGAUCCCGGCGCUAAGCCAGGUCGGGCGAAUUAG